CCCAUGGAACUCAAACGGCCAUCGUUGUCUCUACAAACAGAAGAAAAUACAAGAAAUAUCACUCCAAACGGAGGACUGCUGUUUGCCUGGAAGCAGAUUCGGUGGAAUGACUCCGCCUUACCUUCUCCUCCUACCUUUUUCCAUGUCUCAGCUGGAAACGAGUGUGGCCAGCCCCAUGGACGUCAAAGUCGUGCAAACAGCAGAGCGGAGAAGGUGUUUGUGAGGAACCGAUGCAGUACAUGUGAGAGUGCAGAUGAGAACACAGGGGUACGAAGCAUACCUACAUAUCCGGCUGUGGUCUGGCCGGAUAUCUCUCUUUUGCAUAAUUGUGCCUAG